UAUAGGAGAUGACCAGAGACUGCGGACAUAGUACAGGAGAUGGACCAGAGACUGUGGACAUAGUACAGGAGAUGACCAGAGACUGCAGACACAGUACAGGAGAUGACCCGAGACUGCAGACAGUACAGGGGAUGACCAGAGACUGCGGGCAUAGUACAGGAGAUGACCAGAGACUACGUACAGUACAGGGGAUGACCAGAGACUGUGGACAGUACAGGGGAUGACCAGAGACUGCGGACAUAGUACAGGAGAUGACCACAGACCGCGGACAGCCGGGUGCCCACUGCACAUGCGCGAGAAGUGCUG